AUGGCUUCGGUGAAAGUGGCCGUAAGGGUUCGCCCGUUCAAUCAAAGAGAGAAAGAUAUGAACGCCAAACUCAUUGUGCAGAUGGAGGGGAAGAAAACGAGGCUGCUUACUGUAAAAGACCCUACAAUAGCGCCUGGCCUCACACAUCCAAUAGAUUUUAACGAAGUGGUGAGCAUACCGACGUGGGUGACCCGUGGCGCGGGCGCGUCCACGCACCACGAGUACGAGGUCCGCAUCUGCCUCGGCCCGCACCAGCGCUGGCAGCUGCUGCGCCGCUACCGGCGGUUCCGCGACCUCUACUUGACCAUGCGGAGGCUGUACGGGCCGAAGGUGGCAUCAAUCCCUUUCCCGUCACGGCAACUGUGGUCCUCCGAGGGUGUGGCCCGGUCUCGUCGGCCAGCCUUGGAGGCCUUCCUUCGUCGCCUUCUGACCGUGUGCUCCACCGACAAGCGAUGUCCCUUCCAUGCCGCGCCACUCACCCGGGACACGCUUGUUAACUUCUCGCCUUUCUUCCGCAAGGGCGUGUUCGAGAGCGGCAAAUGCGGCACGGGAUGAUGGCGGCGCGAGCUCGCCACGGCGCAGGCGCAGGCCGCCGCACAGCGGGCCGCGCGCGCUCUGCUCACGGCUCUGGCCCGCACGCUGCAGGCCGCCGCCGCCACUGCGCUGCUGGCUGUACACUGCGGCGCGCUCAUGCUGCUACUGCUGUACCUAUGCGUGCAGGUCUUGCGGCGACGCAGGUAGGGCCGGACGGUGCUGGGAGAUCUCUUCUGCGAGUUUCACUUCACUAGCUUAUGGCGUACUUACAUAAAGACAGAAUCUCAAGAUGGAAGAAUUGGCAUUAGACUGACUGUCGUUAUUUGUAUGAGAUUGAAGAUCCAUAUUUAGGGAUAAACCACACUAAUCGCAUUAAACCGGUGAGAAAAAGAUUUAUGUCCAUGAACUUAAGAGCGAAAAAGACAUGCGUUUUUAUUCAUUUAUUCGUGUUAUACAACUUACACUAUCAGUAACAAAAACUGAACAUGCAAGCCGUAGUCAAUAUAGGGUUGAAUCAAUCACCGCCCGGGCGGUGGCCGUAUCCAAAUAGUAUCCAGCCGAUGUCAGAAAUUUCGAUUUACUGAAGACGCAUCGGUUCGUACGAACGCGGCUCUCGUUCGUGUGAAUUUCCGAUCGCGUUCGUAUGCACGCCGACAACGGCUGAUCCUCGUCUAGAAACAAUCGACGCGUACGUCUGCGUAGGCAGCGAAUCGACUUAAUGCAACAAAUGUGAUUAAAACAUGAUCGCCUUAAGCCGAUUCUGCCUCGGUAAGUGUGGUUUAUCCUUUAGACGUCACUAUAGUCUCUUCACGUUCGCCAUUACCGAUGCUAAAAUGAUGAAACUGGCAAAUGAUCCAACAACACAAUCUCCUUAGUACCAGUAACCCUACAAGUACCAACAGCACGUAUGUAGAUAAGUCGCAGCGCGGCGCGGCCAAGGGUGCCUUCAUUUGUUACACACGAGGGAGCUGUCCUUGUUAUUUGAGUAGCCAAUAACGUGCGAUUGUGUGAACUGUUCAUUGUGGAAUUCGAUUGUGACUAGUUAAUAGAGAAUAUGCUCAUUAUACUAUCAUACCGAUGGUGUUGAGGUAAUUGCAUGUUCAAAAUGUGAAUCCGGUGAAAAUGCAUAAGCUGAUAACCAUGAGCGCUGGUGGAAGAACGGUUGCUUCUCAAAUGAGAGGUCAUCCAUCAUGCUACAUAUUGACGUAUCUUAUUCUGUUGCACUGAAGGCGAUAUUGCAGAGUUUCUUGACCUAAGGGGUCCGUGUAAUGAAUCGCCGGGGUUCAUGGUGAGCCUACCUAAUACAAUGCAAUAAUAUUAAAAUUGGUCUACAAUACGUUGUGAAUAAAUAGGUAAGACGCGUGACGUUUUUGAAUUUUCGCGCCCUUCGACAGCCAUAGAUUAUUGGAGCGAGCGAAACGCACGUAAGUGCCUUUAACGUCAAUGCCUGACGUUUUAAUUAUGGUUCUAAUUCAGUAUAUGCAGCAGCAGCCGUCACGUCAACUUAAAGUUUAAUCGCAAACAAUAAAAGCUAAACCUCCUUUAUUAUUCCUUUCUGGAAAGGGUUCGUGGUCACUUUGAUAUUUUUAGAGAGGGGUCCAUGACUAGGAAAAGCUUAAGAAACCCUGCGAUAUUGGAACAGUGUUUAGCUUGAUGUGUGACUGUACACUCGUGAAAGAUUAGUAGCCAUAAUAACCUCUAUGCCGAAGAAGGUUCACAACCCUUGAAUAACGUGUUAAGUCCCCAAUAGCGGUGGCCUAUUCAAUACUCUCUCCGUAGAGGCGACCUGUACUGUAACCUGGACUGUAGUAGCAGUUGAGCUUCUUACCUAUUUCUGCAUUUCGCCAAACAGUAAUGUGACCAUUACUGCGUUCCACUUGGCACUUGUCAACUUAAUAUUUCCGGACGACGUACGCAGUGGCAGUGAU